CGGGCCGUCCGUGUCGGCCCACUACCGUCUCAGCUCCCUUAGUGUAACUUAGUCCAAGCCACGCAUGCCUAUUCAGAUAUCUAACGGUGUCGAUCCCUCCGCGGCCUGUAUCCCCCCGCCAAUAUAUGUUGUAAGAGGCUUGAGUUAUUGCAUGAGACAAUUCGUGCCCGACCAAAGACUCAACUGGAAAUUGGAAAAAGAUUGAACUGAAUCUUGGUACAUCAUCUUGUGAAAGCUGUUGCAGAAAGUCGGCUAAGAAGGUUUCUUCGUCUAGCUCUUAAUCCACCGGGCUUUGCUGAUCGCGACAUCUCCUUCAUGGCUACAUGCCUUAUACAUCGAGACGUCCGUUUAUCCACCAAAAUGUAUAAAUAUAAGCUCAUGUCGCCAUCUUGUCAGUCGCUUUACUGACCAAGUCGAUUACAAACUAUUGCUUGUUCUAUACGGCCUUUACCAAUCUAAAUAUGGCUCCCGAAAAAGAGACCCCUAGUGGGUCAACAACUGUUGAGGAUGUCCUCAAGAAGUCCGAAUUUCUUCUCAGGUUCGAUCUACAGUAUAGUAACCGAGCAACAUCGACAACACCAAGCCAGCUCUCUGCCAUUCUUGAUAAAAUCAAGACUGGAUCCAAGAUUACUACUGUGUCUGAGAUCCCCUUGUCUUCUCUGCGGUCAUGUGUUCCCGAGAUGGGCGCCCGGGAUCAUUUCUGUCUCGACGACAAGCAGACUGUUGUUAGCGGGACGAUGACCUUAGCGCAGUAUUUGUCAUCCACACAAACGAACACGGCCUUGCUCAAGGAUCAUGCAGCGGGUUCUGUGGUCCUUUUUACGAUCUUUCUGCUCAAGAACCGUAUUCGACCAACUCCGGAAGAACUUGACAAAGUUGGAACUGGCCCAGAACUCAAACACGAGCUCCCUGACGAGAAGAAACUCCAGGGCGAUCCAAAUAAGAAUCGUCUCUCCGACGGUUGGAAUAAGAGUUCCCUCUCUGGAGAUCAAUUCGCUGCUAGCGCUGGAAACAUAACCAUACACCCCGCUGAUAUGACAGAGAAGGAAUGGGAAGUGGUCGUCAAGAACAACAUUCUGACGCAUGCGUAUCGGAUUGAUGCGUCAGCCCGCUCAGCUGUGGUGGCACGCCGACCAUUAUUCAAACUGAAACGCCGAAAGGCAGAGAUCUUCGUCGUAGACGAUGAUGAAGCCGCUGUAGACACGACGAUCCCAGAGUUCCAGGUGUUUGAUGAUUCCUCUGUCUCUGUGGUAGAGAUCACGAACGAGGCUCAACAAUCGGCCGCUGACAACUCCUUUUCGUCAUACAGUGUCAAAGCUUCUGCUUCCGGUGGAAUCUUUGGCUACACGGCUGGGGCAUCUGCGGGUGUAUCUGGUGAUCAUACGGAGCAAAGCGGGUCUACCAUUGGCAAAUUCGAAUCCGUUAUGCGAGUGUCAUACAAGUUCCCCCGAGUGAUCGUCUAUCUUGAUCACGAGUCUCUGGAGCCGACAGAAGAGUGCAAAAAGCAUUUCGAAGACAUUGCUAAACAGACCGAUGCCUCCAUCAAAGCUGGAAAGAUCAAAGCGUUCAAGGCAAAGUACGGGGAGGUAUUCUCGACAAGCGUUCAGCUCGGAGGAUAUCUCUACAGCACGAAGCUCACCUCCGCAAUAGCUGCAUCAAACUCAUCUGAGAAGAUGGACCGGUUGGCAGUGUCGGCGGGUGUCAACUUCUCCUCGCCGUACGUUUCCGGCUCCGUCUCCACCGAAAACAGUCACGGCACCGGUGAAUCUAGCCAAAAAUCAUCUUCGAGCAAGCACGAGAGUUUAACCUGGACAGCGAAGGGCGGGGACACGCUGCUUUCCUCAAACCCUCCAGCCUGGUCAGGUACUGUCGGGAAUAUAUACAAUUGGAGAGUUAUUGAGAGAUCUAUGCCGCGCACCAUAGGUGAUGUGCUCCGCGAGAUGCACGGAUAUGAACCUAUUGCUGAGAUUCUCGGUACGACUAAGAAUGGUAAAGUCAGUGGCGGCGGGUUUGAUGACGACUAGAUGUUGUUGAUGUGUCUGGUGGAUUGUUGCGCAAGGGGCGAAAUUGUCUUCUUGAUGCUGUUAGCAAAGUACACGAGUGGAGGCUCUCAUGAAAACCAAGCUGAAACAUGAAAGCAUAUACAGUGUAUGAGUACUUAGGUGCUCCAAGCACUCGAUAGAUAGGACAACAUGAAUCCACCGUCAUACUAUGAGCGACGAUAGUUUACCUAUCUUAUUAUAGUUCCAGUCUUAGCAAACUUUGA